GCUCCAGCCGCCGACAUCUUGCCUCCGACCGGAGGAGACGGAGAGUCCGGACUUCACGGUCAAAUGUCCGGAUGGAGUGACAGCGCGGCCCGCGGGGUGCUGAGGAAGGCCGGCCGGAGACACAGCAGCCUGGAGCGGUGACUCUUCAUUAUGAUUGGUUCUGACUGACAGCGGCGGCCAUGAUUGGAGGACUCUUCAUCUACAACCACAAGGGGGAGGUGUUGAUCUCCAGAGUUUACCGCGAUGACAUCGGGCGAAAUGCGGUCGACGCCUUCCGGGUCAACGUCAUCCACGCCCGGCAGCAGGUCCGCUCGCCGGUCACCAACAUCGCCCGGACCAGCUUCUUCCACGUCAAGCGCUCCAACAUCUGGCUGGCGGCUGCCACGAAGCAGAAUGUCAACGCCGCCAUGGUGUUCGAGUUCCUCUACAAGAUGUGCGAUGUCAUGACGGCGUACUUCGGCAAGAUCAGCGAGGAGAACGUCAAGAACAACUUUGUCCUGAUCUAUGAGCUGCUGGACGAGAUUCUGGACUUUGGUUACCCUCAGAACUCAGAGACCGGAGCUCUGAAGACCUUCAUCACUCAACAGGGAAUCAAGAGCCAGCACCACAGCAAAGAGGAGCAGUCCCAGAUCACCAGCCAGGUCACCGGGCAGAUCGGCUGGAGGAGGGAAGGAAUCAAGUACCGACGGAACGAGCUGUUCCUGGACGUGUUGGAGAGCGUCAACCUGCUGAUGUCGCCUCAAGGCCAGGUGCUGAGCGCUCACGUCUCGGGCCGGGUGGUGAUGAAGAGCUACCUGAGCGGGAUGCCCGAGUGCAAGUUUGGGAUGAACGACAAGAUCGUCAUCGACAAGCAGGGGAAGGGAGGAGGCUCCGAGGACGCCGCCAAGAGCGGUAAACAGUCGAUAGCGAUCGACGACUGCACCUUCCAUCAGUGCGUCCGCCUCAGCAAGUUUGACUCUGAACGCAGCAUCAGCUUCAUCCCUCCUGACGGGGAGUACGAGCUCAUGAGGUACCGAACCACCAAAGACAUCAUCCUGCCCUUCAGAGUGAUCCCUCUGGUCAGGGAGGUCGGUCGCACCAAGCUGGAGGUCAAAGUGGUCAUCAAGUCCAACUUCAAGUCAUCGCUGCUCGCCCAGAAGAUCGAGGUCCGUGUUCCCACGCCUCUGAACACCAGCGGAGUUCAGCUCAUCUGUAUGAAGGGAAAAGCCAAAUAUAAAGCCAGCGAGAACGCCAUUGUGUGGAAGAUAAAGCGAAUGGCGGGGAUGAAGGAGUCUCAGAUCAGUGCAGAGAUCGAGCUGCUGCCCACCAACGAUAAGAAGAAGUGGGCCAGACCUCCCAUCUCCAUGAACUUUGAGGUCCCAUUUGCUCCUUCAGGUCUGAAGGUUCGCUACCUGAAGGUCUUUGAGCCCAAACUGAACUACAGCGACCACGACGUUAUUAAAUGGGUUCGUUACAUCGGUCGCAGCGGGAUCUACGAGACGCGCUGUUGAUGCCGCCAGGGCUCAGUGCUGCAUCGUUGUUGUUGUUGUUGUCACUGUGGUGAUCUUCAGAAACCAAUACAUUUCCUGUUCAUUAUUUUCUGUUUACAAACUUGUAUUCAGCUCUGUGGCCUCUUAAUUAUUCCUGUUAUCGUUGUUAUUAUUGUUGUUGUUGUUUCUGAGCUGCUGCCAACUCGUUCCUGUGUUUAGCGCAGAGGGACGCCCAUCAGCCAAUCACAUUCCAGGAAGCAUCGGGGGGAGGAGUUAAAAAUAACUGGAAGUAGAGUUCUGAGCUAAAUUCAUCUUCCAUGUGUUUGUGUGAAGGCAGAAACCCAACAGACCCAAAACCAACAGAAACGGACUCUUUAAUCCAGACCUUGAUGCUUUAAGCCAGAUCUAAAGCAGACCUUAAUGCUUCAAACCAGACCUGGACACGUGAAACCAGACUCGAACCAGACCUGAAUACAUUAAACCAUAUCUAUACUAAACCUGGACACAUUAAACCAGAUCUAAACUAGACUUGUACACUAAACCAGACUUGACUCAGACCUGGAUACUUUAAACCAGAUCUAAACUAGACUUGACGUAGAAGCUUGAAAUCAGACUUGAACCAGACCUAGGCACUUUAAACCAGACCUUAACAGAUUAAACCAGACCUGAGUACAUUAAACAGUAUCUAAACCAGACCUGGACAUUUUAGACUAGACUUGAACAAGACCUAGAAGCUUUAAACUAGACUUGGACACUUUAAACUAGACCUUGACACAAUAAACCAGAUCUAAACCAGACCUGGAAACCUAAACCCAGACUUGAACCAGACCUGGAAGGUUCUAACCAUAUCUGGACUCAUUACACUAGAUUCAAACCGGACCUGGACAGUUAAAGCCAAGUUUGAACUCAGACUCUUUAAAUCAGACGUAAACAGAGUGAACUUCCUGUCUUGUAGUCAGUCUGUGGUAAACUGUUAUUACCCAGCAUGCAUCUGUGUUUUAUUUUUUUUUUUUUACAGUUUUGUAUCCUGAAUCAGUUUGUUGUGUGUAAAUCAAACAGAUGUUGUGACUAAGAUGAUGAUGAUGGUUCCUGUUUUCUCAGUAAAACCAGUAAGACUGA